AUUUUUGAGGUUAUUUAUUAGAAAAAGCGAACUUGGGAUCAAAAUAAUUAAAUGGGAUCUCUUAAUACAACAAAGCAGCCUGCUUGAAUAUACAUUGAAUAUAAAUUUAAGUUGGACUAGUCCUAUAAUAUUCUUUACUGGAUUAUUAUAAUAAUAACAAGUUAGAAUGUUAUCACAACAAUUCCUUAGGUUGACAUUGGGUUCUCUGAAAACCCACAAUGUGGUGAUAUCUCCAGUAGCAGGCAUAAAAUAUUUCCCACCACCAAAGAACUAUGAUGACAUUGAAUUGCCUGAAAGAAAGAGGCUGCGUGUUUAUGAAAAGGUGCCUCAAUUUCCACCUAAUCUGAAGCCACCUAAAAUGCAAAAAAGGCUGCGCUACAUGAGAGGGCCAGAAUUACUACACAACACCUUGCAAUUAAAACAGUUUGGGGUUGUGGCUACAGGAGGAGGUAGAAUGAGGCAUGAACAUUUUGAGAUGGCUCGUCUGGUAGUGGCGAGACACCUGGACCAGAAGAGGAUGUUUGCUAUAUGGAGAUUGGAGCCCGUGUGGCAACCUAUCACGAAAAAGGGUCAAGGCCAGAGAAUGGGAGGAGGAAAAGGUGCCAUAGAUCAUUAUGUGACUCCAAUCAAGACUGGGAGAAUCAUACUGGAAAUUGGAGGCAAAUGUGAAUAUGCUGAAGUUCAAACUAUGUUAAGAAUUAUUGCUGAAAGAUUACCCUUUGCCGCGGAGCCAGUAUCCCAACAGAUCAUGGAGAAGAAGGCAGCUGAUGAGAAAUGGAGAGAGGAGAACAACAGGAAUCCGUACACAAUGAAGUACAUCAUCCAGAACAACAUGGGAGGCUGUCACAAGCACCUGUCGCCGUUUGAUCAUCGCUGGUACGGAAAGUAUGUUUAAGGACACCUAUUUUGUAGUUUUACUUAGUCAAUGAUAAAUAUAGAUGUUAUUUGUACCCAUAA